ACCAAAGCAAAUCUCUCUUUUUCCUUCUCAAGCCAUUCACAUCACAAACUGCGUCAUGUGUUCACACCAAUCACAUAUAAAAUCUUUCUUUUACUUUCUCUUCUUUUCUUUCUCAUCUUAAUUUUUCCUUGUAAUCAGAGAUAUCAUCUUCUUUUCUUUCUUUCUAGAAACUUUUCUUUAUCUCAUUCAAUUUUAAUUUCAAUGGAAGGGCAUCAAUUCCAUCACAAGAACCAAAGACAACAUCAACAACAACAACAAAAUCUUCAUCUUCAUAAUAUAAAUAACACAAUUAACGUUGUUGAUGUUUCUGAUAGGUUUCCUCAAUGGAGCAUACAAGAGACGAACGAGUUUCUGCUGAUUCGAGCGGAGCUUGAUCAAACUUUCAUGGAGACUAAAAGAAACAAACAGUUGUGGGAAGUUAUUUCCAACCAUAUGAAGGAAAAGGGUUAUCAUAGAAGUGCAGAACAGUGUAAGUGCAAGUGGAAAAACCUUGUUACUCGCUAUAAGGGAUGUGAAACAAUGGAGACAGAAGUGUUGAAACAACAAUUUCCAUUUUACAAUGAACUUCAAACAAUUUUCACAGCAAGGAUGCAGAGAAUGUUAUGGACUGAAGCUGAAGACGGAUCGAAGAAGAAGGCUACACACCUUUCAACCGAUGACGAUGAAGACGAUGGUAAUGAAGAAAGUGAAGCAGUGUCUCAAAAGGGUAGCAAUAGAAAGAAGAAGAAAGCAAAGGUAGAAAACGAAAGCGGUAGUAGCAAAAGUUUCUUCCGCAAUUUGAAGGAAAUUUUGGAUGAGUUCAUGAGACAACAAUUGCAAAUUGAAGCACAAUGGAUGGAAGCAUUUGAAGCUAGAGAGAAUGAAAGGAGGUUGAGGGAGAUGGAGUGGAGACAACAAAUGGAAAUGCUUGAGAAUGAGAGGAUAUUGAUGGAACAAAGAUGGAGAGAAAGGGAAGAACAAAGGAGGAUUAGAGAAGAAGCUAGGGCUGAGAAGAGAGAUGCUUUGAUCACAGCUCUAUUAAACAAGUUAGAGAGACAAUAGAGAGGUAUAACUUAAUUAAGGUUUUGAAUUAUGAUAUUAGUUUUGUAUCUUUGAAAUAGGUAAUAUUUUAUAGAUUGCAAGAGUUUAGGGGUAGAUUUGGCUAAAUUUGCAAUGGUAGGGUCAUUUUAUAAUUUAAAAUCUUGGAUAUAUAUAGUAAUUAGUUAAUAUGAUAGUUUAUUUUUUAACUGCCGGUAAUCCAAGCAGAAGGCCUGGAUUAGAGGCAAAAGGUUACACAAUACUGUACUAAGCAAGGAUACAACAUGAGUUCUAAAAUAUUGUAGUAAUCUAUGUUUUUUUUAUUUA